AUAAUCGCAGUGGCCACUCUCUCUUCCACGAUGCGCUGCAUCACAUUCACAUGCGCUCGUCGAGCCGCAUACUCGUUCGGCUCGUGGUCGAAAUUCCAGUUCUAGUAAUAUCAGCAGCUGAUAGCAUCAAGCUCUGGCAUUUGGAUCGUCACAUAAGGGUAGGAUUUGGCGUUGACUUGGUCGGGAGUAACCCCAUCGACCCAGUCGACAUGAAAGUCGGUAAUCGACGCACCCAGGAUAAUAUUAUCCCGCUUAUCCGGUCUGCUGGGGAGGUUUAUUCCGAAAAUCUUGUGAACCUGGUCUUUUGUCAGCAGGAGAGUUGAUGCUUCGAGCAAACCGAUUCAUACACCCAGAGUCUCAUUGCGAAUAGCCUGGAUGUCUCUCCAGACCCCCCGCGAGCCUCCCCGCACCGAACCUCGAGCAUGAGGACCCGGCCAUAUAAUGAAGAGGAUCACGAUCACUCCGACCACGUAGAGAAGGGGUCGGAGGAGCCGUUUCUGCACUGUCGACAUGACCAUGUUUAUCUGGGC